UGAGUUGCCGAUUUCGGUAAAUAAAUAAAUGAAAGGUUAUAUGAUCGCUUGGUGUCUAGUGUGAAGAAUUGACUUAUUACAACCAUUAUUUCAGAAAUUAAUUAGUGUUAGUUUUAUUCAAUCGACUAUCAGGUUUUGUAUAACAACCUCCAAUUCUAUUUUUCUAGUUAUAGUACGAUUAUCUCAGCAGCAGCAACGUAGGAGAUCUUGGUGCCACGCUUGACUACUCAUCAAUCGUCAGUCUUCUUUCGGAAGCAGUCAAUCAAAUGAAGGAAGUUUUAUAAUGCGUGAAGGGAUUAUGAGUGCUCAAGAAAGUCCGACCGCUCUUCAGCAGCAAAGUGUUGAUCGAGAGAAGAUUUAUAUGUGGGUAAUUGAAUUGGCCAACAUUGAAACAAGAGAAAAUGCCCUUCUUGAAUUAAGCAAAAAGCGAGAAGUAGUGCCAGAUUUGGCUCCUAUGUUAUGGAAUUCAUUUGGGACUAUUGCUGCCCUUCUUCAAGAAAUCAUCAACAUUUAUCCUGCUAUUAACCCUGCAACUUUGACUGCUCAUCAGUCCAACCGCGUUUGCAAUGCUCUGGCGCUCCUUCAGUGUGUUGCCUCUCAUUCAGAGACUCGCUCAGCAUUCCUCGCUGCUCAUAUUCCUUUAUAUUUAUAUCCAUUUUUACACACUGUUAGUAAAACUCGACCAUUUGAAUACCUCCGGUUGACGAGCCUUGGUGUGAUCGGAGCCCUUGUCAAGACUGAUGAACAAGAAGUUAUUACUUUCCUACUAACAACAGAAAUCAUACCUCUGUGUUUACGCAUAAUGGAGUCUGGCUCAGAACUUUCGAAAACCGUCGCCACUUUCAUCCUUCAAAAAAUUCUUUUGGAUGAUAGUGGCUUGUCCUAUAUUUGUCAAACUUAUGAUAGAUUCUCUCAUGUUGCCAUGAUCCUCGGGAAAAUGGUGUUAUCUUUGGCCAAAGAACCCUCCGCUAGGUUGCUGAAGCAUGUAGUUCGUUGCUACCUCAGGCUUUCUGAUAAUGCAAGAGCGUGUGUGGCAUUACGACAGUGCUUACCAGAUCAGCUCAGGGAUGCCACCUUUGUGAUGUGUCUUCAAGAGGACAAAUCCACCAAGCAUUGGCUUGCUCAACUCUUAAAGAACUUGGAAACCCGAAGUGUUGGGCCCGUGGUCAUAGCACCCUUAUCCCCGCAGUAACGUCUAACAACAAAUUGAAGAAUUACUAACUAAUUUUUAAAGCAACUCCAUUUUUUUUUUCAUUUUUUUAUUUGCCUGUUUAUUGUGCCUAGCCUGUUCACCUCUUUGUAAUUUAGAUUUUUUGAUGAGAAUGGUUUUAUGAUAAAUUGCAACAAUUUUUUUCUGACUCUCGGUGAUUAGAAAUGCAUGAUUCGGAUCAAAAAUGAGAAACCAUUGCCCACCUUAAAUUAUUCUAAAUAUUUGACCGUAUUUUAGGUAUUCUAGAUUAUUAAUCAGUUAUUGUUUCUAAAAGUUGUUUUAAUGCUGUAGUUUCAUGAUUUAGAGACUCAUUCUGAAGUUACAGUGCUUUUACUAAGUAGAAUGAUUAGCUGAGUCUUUCAAAGACUGUAAAAUACAAUCAUUUUUUUUUUAUUAUUAUUAUUAUUAUUAUUAUUAAUUCUGUCACAUAUUUAAUAUUUUAUGGAAUACCUUCAGCUCCUGUUCAUCACAAGUUUGUUUAGUAAGCCAUCAUCAAUUUUAAAAAAAGUAAAAAAUAUCCCUUGAAGUGGUCAGAACAGACUGAUUGCGUUCUUCAGAUCAGAUGCUAUUGAAGAAUACAAUUAAAUGCAGUACCUUGUAAAUUCUCUAAUGGAGCUUGCCAGGAAAUUUGAUCUUUUGAAAAUAUUCUUGCAUGGAUGAUUUAUGUUCUUAGAAGGGAAAUAUUUUCCUUUGAAUAGUAAUGAAAAUGUGAUAUUAACAAUGAAUGUCUGACGUUUAAUAGUUAGGAUUUUUUAUUUGUGUCGUUAAAUAAUCUUAUUGUAUUAACUUUGCUAGGGUUUUAAGCUCUUCUGUUACAUAAUAGGAUAUCAAGGUUUCAGGUAUUAAUUUUGCUAAAUCAUAAAAGCUUGGUAUAAAGCUCUUUUUUUAUUUUUCAGUUUUAAAAAUGUCCCUCUUUUCCUAUAUCCUAGGUUUUCAGUUGGCACUCAGUUGUUCUUAGUCAGACUACCAGAAGGCCUUCAUGAUUUAACAGUAAACUCUCCCGCAUUAAAUUUAUAUCCGGAAAAAAUCUGCAAUUUUUGGUUUCACUCUUUUUUCAUAUUUAUUUUGAUGUGCAAGUCUGAAAAUGCAUUAUUUAGUUACGCAGGAUUGAUCUAACCUUGAUUUUACUGCCGCAUGCUUUUCAUGUUUAAUUAUUUUGAAUUAAAAAGUCGAAGGGGAAAGUAUUAUUUUUCCAUUUUUUAGACCUUGAUAAAUGUGAUUCAGUCAAUAAAAAGAAUACUUGGGGUAAAGAGGUUGAUUUUUUACCAAAUUAAACUUUGCUGCUUAUAGAAAUUCACUUUGCAUCAGUUGUCCUGAAGAACACCCAAGAAUUCAGAGAAUAAUUCAAAAAUAUUUUAAAAUUCUAAUUUUUUUUUUUUUAAAGUAGCAAACAAAUACAAAAUGAAUUUCUGUAGCCAGUGAUUGUAGAUGGGGUCAAACUGAACCUUUUCGCCUUGAAUUCCUUUUUCCCUUACUCUCUCGUUAAACAUUUCCACAAGUAUCUCAGCAUGGGGAAGGUAUUUUAUCGUAAGAACUUCGCAGAGCACCUUUGAUUACAUAAUCUCAAUUCCUUGCUGACUAAGCAGAAAAAUUUGAUCGAAUUUCAGAGCACGAUAAGGAACUCUAAAUUCCUAAUUUUACUGCGCCGCAUCAAAUUUACAGCCCCAGAGCUGUGAAAAAUUGAGAUCUCAUUUAAAAGGUAUCUUAUUUUAAUGCACUCUCUUGUCCAAAGCAAGUAUCUUAUGAUAUUUUUACUAUGUAAUUUAUAUUAUUCCUGCUGAUUCCCUCCUGACUCAUAAAUUUUUCUUUAUUUUGACAACUAAGAACAAACUUCGUAACAAUGUACAUAAACUGGUACCUUUAAUGGAGGUCAAUUUUUCUGAAGAUGUUAAUAGUCAUUAUUAUCAGUAGUUUUCUCUACUUGCUACACCAACAGAAGGAAUAUUUUAAUUUUUAAGUGACUGAAAGCACUUGGUGUGGUCUUUUUAUAAUGUCAAAACGUCAUUCUACUAUUUUGUAAACUUGUGCAUUGGGAAGUAUUGAUUUUAAUUUUGACUUGUAAUUUAUUUUAUUAAAUUUCUGGUAAAUAUGA